UCUCUAUUUUCUGUCGAUUUCCAUUUAUCUGCACAAGCUUUCCCCCACGUUCUAUACAGCUAAUAGUAAUUUCAGUAACUAUUUAAGUGGCUUUGUUCAGAGCAUGGGCUGGUGAAGAGCUUACAGGCUCCAAGGCAUUGCAGAGCACUGCUCCUCACACCAUGGGUGUCCCUGUCCUGGAGCACCUGGGUAACCUCCUCUUGAGCUGAGCUUCUCCAGGGUGCUAUGUGCAUGCUGAGUUAGCGUGCCGUAAGGGAGGACAGCAGUUCUUUGUGCUAAAUAAAGGAUGGGGGUCAUUGGAGCUGGCAAAAUACUUCUGGUUAACGUAUGAUUUUCCCUGAAUGUUUUUAUAGCUGCUCAGGUAACCUGGUCAAAGCUUCAGUUCUCAGGUGUGUAGGGCUUGGUGUAUCUGUUUGACUCCAGAAGUGGAGCAUCCCCAUGGCUCACCAAGCUAGGUGGUGUAAGUGCCGUGUACCUGCCCGGCUGAGUUAGCACUCAGUCCCAGCUGCUGUCAUCUCGGGCUGGUUGGAGCUGCAGGCUCAUGCUGCCCAGCCCUGUCCUGGGCCAGCAGCCACCCCACUCCAGCUCACCUUGCCCGUGCUGUGCGGCAUUGCUUCUGAGCAUCAAGAGGAGAAUAAGAUGGAAGCUGAGGGUAAGACUGUGGGAAGAAGAGCUUGUUCCCACGUAUCGUGCGAGAUGCAUGCUCCGGUCUCUAACCUGAGAUGGUAAGUGAUGCCUCUUUGUCGUGGGCAUGAGCUUUUCAAAUAAGGAGAACGCUUUGCAGUGGCUCUGUGUGAUACAGACGAGGCCUGGUAACUCAAGAACUGCCAUGAGUUAAGUUAGCUGGUUGCAUUCUCCCCCCAUUUUCUGAAAGCUGACCGUAGUGCAUCUCAACUCCCAGUGGGGAAGGGGAAAGGAGGGAGCUUUGGUUUUCUGGAGGCAGCAGGAAGCCACACGGACAGCGGUGGUGCCUUUGCCAGUGUGUGGUAACUCCUUAAAGCCCUGUAACCCAAUCGUGUGUCGGAGCCCCGUGGUCUCAUUUUCAGAAGUUACAGACAUUCUUUGUAUUUAACCUGAUCCUUCCUCCAUCUAAACCUCAGACAAUUCAAAGUUGUGGGCUUUUUCUUUCUACUCAAGAAUUUCCUUGUUCCACAAAUAAAGCACUGAGUUAACUCUCCUUUAGCUUAGACUCAGCGUGCAGUUGAACUGAAUUAUUUGUUGGCAGACAUUUGAAAUGUAUCGGUGGAAACAUGCUAAUCCAGAAGUGUUGAUAUUGCAUAAACCGUAAUCAUUAACAUCUCUGUUUCGAUGUCAUUUUGAACUACAGAGUGGACCCCUGUUGUAUAAUAGAUAGAGUUUGAAAUGUAAGCUGUGACAUGCUUGCUGCGUUUAAUAUACGUAGCGUGGUUUGUUUCAAGCUGUGUGCAGCAUGGGGGAGCUGGAGCGUCAGCUUCUUCAGGCAAAUCCCAUUCUGGAAUCCUUCGGGAACGCGAAGACGGUGAAAAACGACAACUCCUCCCGCUUUGGCAAGUUCAUUAGGAUUAACUUUGAUGUUACUGGUUAUAUUGUUGGGGCCAACAUUGAGACGUACCUGCUGGAGAAGUCUCGCGCUGUUCGCCAAGCUAAAGAUGAGAGGACAUUUCAUAUCUUCUACCAGCUGCUGGCUGGAGCAGGAGAGCACCUCAAGUCUGACUUACUGCUUGAAGGAUUUAAUAAUUACAGAUUUUUAUCCAAUGGCUACAUCCCCAUUCCUGGGCAACAAGACAAGGAUAACUUUCAGGAGACAAUGGAAGCAAUGCAUAUCAUGGGCUUUUCACACGAUGAGAUCUUGUCAAUGCUGAAGGUGGUGUCUUCAGUGCUACAGUUUGGAAAUAUUUCCUUUAAGAAGGAGAGAAAUACUGAUCAAGCUUCUAUGCCGGAGAACACUGUCGCACAGAAACUCUGCCAUCUGCUGGGAAUGAAUGUCAUGGAAUUCACCCGGGCCAUUCUGACACCACGCAUCAAGGUCGGCAGAGACUAUGUCCAGAAAGCCCAGACCAAAGAACAAGCAGACUUUGCAGUGGAAGCUUUGGCAAAAGCCACCUAUGAACGCCUCUUCCGCUGGCUCGUUCACCGCAUUAACAAAGCUUUGGACAGGACCAAACGACAGGGAGCAUCUUUUAUUGGAAUUCUGGAUAUCGCUGGAUUUGAGAUCUUUGAGUUGAACUCCUUUGAGCAGCUCUGCAUCAACUACACCAAUGAGAAGCUUCAGCAGUUGUUCAAUCACACGAUGUUUAUCCUGGAGCAAGAGGAGUACCAACGAGAGGGCAUAGAGUGGAAUUUCAUUGACUUUGGACUGGAUCUGCAGCCUUGCAUUGACUUAAUCGAAAGACCUGCAAACCCUCCUGGUGUGUUGGCGCUGUUGGAUGAAGAAUGCUGGUUUCCUAAAGCUACUGACAAAACAUUUGUGGAAAAACUGGUCCAAGAGCAAGGAACCCACUCCAAAUUCCAAAAGCCAAGACAGCUGAAGGACAAAGCAGAUUUCUGCAUUAUUCACUAUGCAGGGAAGGUAGACUACAAGGCAGAUGAGUGGCUGAUGAAGAACAUGGACCCACUGAAUGACAACGUGGCGACGCUCCUGCACCAGUCUUCUGACAAAUUUGUUGCAGAGCUUUGGAAGGAUGUGGAUCGUAUCGUGGGUCUGGAUCAGGUCACUGGCAUAACAGAGACUGCUUUUGGCUCUGCGUACAAGACCAAGAAGGGCAUGUUUCGUACUGUUGGGCAGCUGUACAAAGAAUCUCUCACCAAGCUGAUGGCAACGCUUCGAAACACCAACCCCAACUUUGUUCGCUGCAUCAUUCCAAAUCACGAAAAGAGGGCUGGAAAAUUAGAUCCACACCUUGUUCUAGAUCAGCUUCGUUGCAAUGGUGUUCUGGAAGGAAUAAGGAUUUGUCGACAAGGAUUUCCAAACAGGAUAGUGUUCCAGGAAUUUAGGCAGAGGUAUGAGAUCCUUACUCCCAAUGCAAUUCCAAAAGGCUUUAUGGAUGGCAAGCAAGCCUGUGAGCGCAUGAUCAGAGCCUUGGAGCUGGACCCCAACUUAUACAGAAUUGGACAGAGCAAGAUCUUUUUCCGAGCUGGUGUCCUGGCACACUUAGAGGAAGAACGAGACCUGAAGAUCACAGACAUUAUCAUCUUCUUCCAGGCAGUCUGCAGAGGAUACCUGGCCAGAAAGGCCUUUGCAAAAAAACAGCAGCAACUGAGUGCACUGAAAAUCCUACAGAGGAAUUGUGCUGCAUAUUUAAAGCUUAGGCACUGGCAGUGGUGGAGGGUCUUCACAAAGGUGAAGCCUCUUCUCCAGGUGACUCGCCAGGAAGAGGAACUUCAAGCCAAGGAUGAAGAAUUAAUGAAGGUUAAAGAAAAACAGACAAAAGUGGAAGCAGAACUUGAGGAAAUGGAGAGGAAACAUCAACAGCUCCUAGAAGAGAAGAACAUCCUUGCAGAGCAGCUACAGGCCGAGACGGAGCUCUUUGCAGAAGCUGAGGAGAUGAGGGCUCGCUUGGCUGCCAAAAAACAAGAGUUGGAAGAAAUUCUCCAUGACUUGGAAUCCAGGGUUGAGGAGGAAGAGGAAAGAAAUCAAAUAUUGCAGAAUGAGAAAAAGAAAAUGCAGGGCCAUAUUCAGGACCUGGAGGAACAGCUGGAUGAGGAGGAGGGAGCUAGGCAGAAGCUGCAGCUUGAAAAAGUGACAGCUGAAGCUAAGAUCAAGAAAAUGGAAGAAGAGAUCCUACUGUUGGAGGACCAAAAUUCCAAAUUUUUGAAGGAAAAGAAGCUGAUGGAGGACAGAAUUGCUGAAUGUACUUCUCAGCUGGCUGAAGAAGAAGAAAAGGCCAAAAACUUGGCCAAACUGAAGAACAAACAGGAGAUGAUGAUCACUGAUUUGGAAGAGCGCCUAAAGAAAGAGGAGAAGACACGUCAGGAGUUAGAAAAAGCUAAGAGAAAACUAGAUGGUGAAACAACAGACCUACAGGACCAAAUAGCUGAGCUGCAAGCCCAGAUUGAAGAGCUGAAGAUCCAGCUGGCCAAGAAGGAGGAAGAGCUGCAGGCUGCUCUUGCGAGAGGAGAUGAAGAAGCAGUUCAGAAAAACAAUGCACUGAAAGUGAUAAGAGAGUUGCAGGCCCAGAUUGCAGAACUGCAGGAGGACCUUGAAUCUGAGAAGGCAUCACGCAACAAGGCAGAAAAGCAGAAAAGAGACUUAAGUGAAGAGUUGGAGGCUUUAAAAACUGAGCUGGAAGAUACAUUGGAUACCACUGCAGCACAGCAAGAGCUGAGGACAAAACGUGAGCAGGAGGUGGCAGAGCUGAAGAAAGCAAUUGAAGAGGAAACCAAGAACCAUGAAGCACAGAUCCAGGAAAUCAGGCAGAGGCAUGCCACUGCCCUGGAAGAGCUCUCUGAACAACUUGAACAGGCCAAAAGGUUCAAAGCAAAUCUUGAAAAAAACAAGCAAGGCCUGGAGUCUGACAACAAGGAGUUGGCCUGUGAGGUGAAGGUGUUGCAGCAGGUCAAGGCAGAGUCUGAGCAUAAGAGGAAGAAGCUUGAUGCUCAGGUACAAGAACUGACUGCUAAGGUGACAGAAGGCGAAAGGCUGAGGGUGGAGCUGGCGGAGAAAGCCAACAAGCUGCAGAAUGAGUUGGAUAAUGUCUCAAGUCUCCUGGAGGAAGCAGAGAAGAAAGGCAUCAAGUUUGCCAAGGAUGCAGCUAGUUUGGAAUCCCAGCUUCAGGAUACACAGGAGCUACUUCAGGAAGAAACCCGCCAGAAACUCAACCUGAGCAGCAGAAUUAGGCAGCUGGAAGAGGAGAAGAACAACCUGCAAGAGCAGCAGGAAGAGGAGGAGGAGGCCAGGAAGAACCUGGAGAAACAGAUGCUGGCCUUGCAGGCACAGUUAGCAGAGGCUAAGAAGAAGGUAGAUGAUGACCUGGGAACAAUUGAAGGUUUGGAGGAGAAUAAGAAGAAAUUGCUGAAGGAUAUGGAAUCCUUAAGCCAACGCCUGGAAGAGAAGGCAAUGGCUUAUGACAAACUGGAAAAGACAAAAAAUCGCCUGCAGCAAGAGCUGGAUGACUUGAUGGUAGAUCUGGAUCAUCAGCGCCAGAUUGUGUCUAACCUGGAGAAAAAGCAGAAGAAAUUCGAUCAGAUGCUGGCAGAAGAGAAGAACAUUUCUGCUAGAUAUGCAGAGGAGAGAGAUCGUGCUGAGGCAGAGGCAAGGGAGAAGGAAACAAAAGCACUGUCUCUGGCUCGGGCUUUGGAAGAAGCCCUGGAAGCAAAGGAAGAAUUUGAGAGACAGAACAAACAAUUGCGUGCAGAUAUGGAGGACUUAAUGAGUUCUAAAGAUGAUGUGGGCAAAAAUGUCCAUGAGCUGGAGAAAUCCAAGCGAACUUUAGAGCAACAGGUGGAAGAGAUGAGAACUCAACUUGAGGAACUGGAAGAUGAACUGCAGGCCACAGAAGAUGCUAAGCUUCGUUUGGAGGUGAACAUGCAAGCUAUGAAAGCCCAGUUUGAGAGAGAUCUGCAAGCCAGAGAUGAGCAGAAUGAAGAGAAAAAGAGGAUGCUGGUCAAACAAGUGCGAGAGCUGGAGGCAGAGCUGGAGGAUGAGCGCAAGCAGAGGGCUCUUGCUGUAGCAGCCAAGAAGAAAAUGGAGAUGGACCUGAAGGACCUGGAGGGUCAGAUAGAAGCUGCAAACAAGGCUCGAGAUGAAGCCAUCAAACAGCUGCGUAAGCUGCAGGCUCAAAUGAAGGACUACCAGCGGGAGCUGGAAGAGGCGCGUGCGUCCAGAGACGAGAUCUUUGCUCAGUCCAAGGAGAGUGAAAAGAAACUGAAAGGUCUGGAAGCAGAAAUACUUCAGCUCCAGGAGGAGUUUGCAGCAUCUGAACGAGCCCGCCGUCACGCUGAGCAGGAAAGGGACGAGCUGGCUGAUGAGAUCGCAAACAGCGCUUCAGGAAAGUCAGCGCUGCUGGAUGAGAAGCGCCGGCUGGAGGCUCGCAUUGCACAGCUGGAGGAGGAGCUGGAAGAAGAGCAGAGCAACAUGGAGCUUCUCAACGAGCGGUUCCGGAAAACCACGCUGCAGGUUGACACGCUGAAUUCUGAGCUGGCCGGGGAGCGCAGCGCCGCGCAGAAGAGCGAAAAUGCACGGCAGCAGCUGGAGAGGCAGAACAAGGAGCUGAAAGCCAAGCUGCAGGAGCUGGAGGGAUCGGUGAAGUCAAAGUUCAAGGCAACGAUUUCUACUCUAGAGGCCAAGAUUGCUCAGCUAGAAGAACAGCUUGAGCAGGAAGCAAAGGAAAGAGCAGCUGCAAACAAACUGGUGCGACGCACAGAGAAGAAAUUAAAAGAAGUCUUCAUGCAGGUGGAGGACGAGCGCCGACACGCAGACCAAUACAAGGAGCAGAUGGAAAAAGCAAAUGCCAGGAUGAAGCAGCUGAAGCGUCAGCUGGAGGAGGCUGAGGAGGAAGCCACACGUGCAAAUGCUUCCCGACGUAAACUGCAGCGUGAGCUGGACGAUGCCACAGAAGCUAACGAGGGCCUGAGCAGGGAGGUCAGCACCCUGAAAAACAGGUUAAGGAGGGGCGGCCCCAUCACCUUUUCCUCCAGCCGAUCCGGCAGGCGCCAGCUGCACAUCGAAGGGGCCUCCCUGGAGCUCUCGGAUGACGACGCGGAGAGCAAAGGCAGCGACGUGAACGAGGCGCAGCCGAGCCCUGCUGAGUAGAGCCCCGCACACCGUUUGCAUGCAGAGACCUUUACACCACAGUGGGCAGAGCGAGGAGGACUUUCCUGACCACCAGGCUGCCUUGUGGCCCUAAAUCUGCCUUACAAAAUGUCGGCAUGCUACAAGGUUACUUACCGUAGGUCAACUAUGUCUUAAGGCUCUCCAGCCUCACCAUACUGUACCCCGCUUCAGAUAUAGGUACAACUGCUUUUUUUUUUUUACAUGUAGUAACAAAACGGGAUCGUCUCUGUUCAGUGCAUCUAUUUUCCAGACACUCAUUGUAAAGCCAUUUUAUAAAGCAUCAUGUGAAGGAUGAAACUUUCUGUAUCGGUUAAAAAAACCCCACGAAACUUCAUUCCCAGAGGGUAGGUGGUUGGGACGGCCCCAUUGGCAUGGCUCAGCAUGCUUUGUACAGACAACAUCCUUCCAUUUCUUCUGUGCUCGGGCAGCCCUGGCUGCACUGAGCCCCUCGGAUCGUUGAAGACCAAACCGCACCCGCAUCUUUUUUUCUCCUAACUGUUGUGAUCGGCACACAAUCAGGGAGUGAACUGUGAAGAGCCUCGGGAAGCGUUAGAGGGAAGCGUAGGGAUGAGUGAGUAGUGUCCAUUUUUUAACCCUCAGAACCAUUUUGGAGUGUUCUCAGCACCUGCUUCAUCCAUUAGUGUCAUGCAGUACAGGCAAACCGCGUCACCGUUCCUCUCUGUACAGUACUUUGCAGCUGUAGCAUCCUGCUCUUCCAUGCCCACCAGCUCUGUAUAUAUACACUAAGGCUAGUUCAAUGUGCACACCAGUGGAAAACAAGCAUCAGCACAGGCGCAGUAAUUUAUGAACUUCAGGACGGUGCCACGGCCGCGCUGCCAGCGCUGCACAGAGGGUGUUGCCUGCCUGCAGUUAACAAGCCAGUGGAUGUGAAUCCUUCUUUUGUUGUUGUUGCUGUUGUUUUUUAUUUUGAGCAGUAUUACAGCGAGUAGUUAGCGUUCUUUUUGUUUAAAUAGCUGAAAAACUGACAUUACAGAAAGUGCCUUAGACACUACAGUACUAAGACAAUGUUACAUAUAUAAUUUGCCUAUAUAACGAUGAUUUAAUGUAUUAAUUUUGACUGUGCUUCAUAUCAUGUACCUCUCUAGUCCAAGUGGUAUUAUGGAUAUUAGUGACGAUGAAUCAGUGUUAAUAGGAACCUUCCUCUGCCACGCGCCCAACAAACAGAUACGGAUUUCCUUUUUUUGGUUAAAAGCUUUAACAUCUGUCGCAAAGGUUGUGUUGUGUGUUUGGGUAUUUUUAAUCAAACUGGCUGUUGACCACCAGGCAUCUGACUGCAAAUAUCUUGUUUUCUUGUAUACCCAUAUUUCUAGACAAUGAUUUUUGUAAGACAAUAAAUUUAUUCAUUAUAGCUGUGGCCGCCUGCUCUGUUUACUUACAGGAAGAGCUAUUUCUUGAGGCUGGCAUAGACCUUAAUAAAUGAGAAUAUGGCUGGAA